AUGCCUGAAGAGGAAGUGGAUAACAAGAAGCCAUCUGAGAUUAACAGUUUCCAUGACAUGAUCAGGAGUAGUAAACAUGUGUUGAAUAUGGAAGCGGUUGAGUUGAGCAAGAAGAGGAAGUUUCAGACAGAUCAAUCGGAGUUAUCAUUGUUACCUCUUUCGAAGCAUACUUGUUUUGCAAAUAGUUACGACAGUAUCAAUGUCAGAUCAGAGCUUGAUUCAGAGUCUUAUGUGAACUCGACUUCUAUGGAAUGUGAAAAUGAGACUGAAAUGAAAGAGGAAUCAUCAGGAUCGUGCAGUGAAGACAAGAUGAUCUCUUUUGAUAGUCAUCUCGAUUUCAUCUAUGGCACCCAAAACCUAGAGGAUUUUUCAGACAAAGACAUUGAAAACAUUAUCUAUCUUGAUGAAGAAGAAGAAGCUAAAGGAUGUAGUAGUGCUUCUAACUUUGUUCUGUCCUCUGGGAGAUGGACUGUUGACCGAGAUUCUACUCAGCAUGGCACAAAGAAGCCUACGAUCGAUCAAGAAUUCGAGCAAUACUUCUCAACGCUAAUGUUGUGA